AAAACGCUCCUCGCGCACUACCGGAAUCUUUGUGUCGGUGAGGACGUGGCGCAGCGGAAACCCCGGAGAGGAGCUGAAUAUACUGGAGACUGAAGAUACAAAGGAGCACAAAGAGGGUCCUGCGCACACUCGCUGACACGACUGUUGUUCCACGUGGCCCCUGUCAUUGACCAAAACACUUGCGCAGUGCAGACCGGGAGGCGCGCGAGCAGGGCGGUGCAGGGCAGAGGUUUCCAGAUGUGAACCUUUAACCUGCCCGGACUAAAGCUUUACCGUUCAUCAACUAUGCAGAGAGGUGUGUUCAUGGAGUCUCACCUGGGCAGGACGACCCUGUGUGUCCUGUCUCUGUUCCUGCUGCUCACUCACCUGAGCCAGGCUGCACCGGGUCAACCUGCGACACAAAGGGAGGAAGCAGUCGAGGCUCGCCCCCCUUCAGCAGCGCUAGCCAAUCCCUUUGGCUCUGGAGAAGAGGACCGCAGAUUGCUGCAAAGUUACAUUCAAUCCAGUCUGAAGGACAGCCAAGGAGGACCCGAAAUAAGCACCUGGGAGCAAGAGGUUUUCUUCCUGUUUGGGCUUUAUGACUUCGACCGCAGUGAGCUCCUGGAUGGCUUGGAGAUGAUGAAACUACUCUCAGACUACAACUCCCAUCAUACACCUGGAGCAAAGACCAAUGUGCUGGUGGUGUCUAUGGUAGACUUUUUACUCCAGAGUCACGAUCUAAACCAGGACGGCCUGUUGGCCCCGUCGGAGCUGCUGUCUCCUUCAUUACCUCACACACAGGACUCCAGCAACAACAAAGCAGCCGAGGAGAAGCUGUCAGACCACGGGACUGACGAGGCAGGAGGAGCAGAACAGAGGGAGGAGGCUCAGCAGGAGGUGCAGCUUCAAGAUGAAGACAAACCUCAACAGGAAGUAAAGACAGAAGAAGAGGAGCUCAUAAAUCAAGUGGAAAAACAGCAAGGACAACAAAUCCCAGAAGCCCCAGCUGCAGAACAUGGGCAGGACCACAAAGUCCCCGUUCAUCAGGGACAACCAGAGAUGUGAACACACAAACUGUGGGCCCCAAGAUUUCUGUUGAAAAAAUACCAAAAUUCCGCUGAGAGGACUUCUGAAUCUGUAUCCCUACAAAUGAUCUUUACCUCGAUUACAAUCCUCGAUUACACUUUCUAAUUCAAUUGAGGAUUUACACGUAGAUGGCUGAUUAAUGAGGAGAUCAGAAUCUGAAAUCUCUUCAACGAGGAAUGUAUUGAAAAGUUCCCUCUCACUGCAUUUGUUUUCUACAGCGAGUAACAAUGACUUAAAAAAAGCUGGAAAAGGGAGAAAAUGACUACAUUUAAAAAAAGCAGUAUUAUUUAUAUUAGUAAAACAGAAGCCAUCCCUAUUAGGCAAAGUACUUAUACAUAUUAUUUUAUUCUACAUGCAAGUGAAACAGUUGGUCAUCUUUUU